ACAGUCUCCUCCCCUCACUCCUACCCCACUCCUAGCCCUGUCUCUCUCUGUCUGUCUGUCUGUCUUUCAUCUGUAUUUCUUUCCCUCUCUCUCUCCUUCCUACCCCUUCCAUGGAAUGGCACAAGAUAUAACAAUGUACUUCUGUAUGUAGGAUUUGUUGUGCAAAAGAUCAUUCACCUAAACAUUGCAUUUUCUUCUUCAGGUGUUGGUGUGGGCAUGCUGAUGUGUUCAGCGAUCGUUUGCAUUUACUACAAUGUCAUCAUCGCUUGGACGGUAUAUUAUCUAGUGAUGUCAUUCAGAGCAGUAUUGCCUUGGUCUCACUGUAACAACGGAUGGAACUCCGAAUUCUGCAUCGAUGAUUCGAAUCGAAAUCUUGAGCCCAAUGUGACAGCUAACAUUACUGGCAAUAUGUCUGACAUUGCUACUACAGUAGCCAGUGCUGUAAGUGCAGCUGUUAACAUCACGAAGAACAAGACUAUUCCAGCUAGCGAGGAGUUCUGGGUACGCCAUGUCCUUGAGCUGAGUGACGGCAUUGAGAGUCCAGGUGUACUGAGAUGGCAGUUGUUGCUCUGCCUGAUCUUUUCCUGGUGCUGCGUCUUCCUCUGCUUGUUCAAGGGUGUCAAAGUUCUUGGAAAGGUGAUGCACUUUGCUGCUCCCUUCCCAUAUCUUGUUCUCAUGGUUCUUCUGGUGAGAGGGUGCACUCUGCCCGGUGCUAUUGAGGGCAUUAAAUUCUACAUUGUGCCUCGCUGGGAGAAGCUUGCUGACUUCAACGUAUGGGGAGAUGCAGCUCUGCAGAUCUUCUACUCAGUUGGAAUGGCAUGGGGAGGAAUUAUCACCAUGGCUUCUUACAAUAAGUUCAACAACAACGUCUACAGGGAUGCCAUGUUGGUACCUUUCAUCAACUGUGGUACGAGUCUUUUCGCUGGAUUUGUCAUCUUUUCUGUCCUAGGCUUCAUGGCUCAUGAGGGCAAAACAACUGUGGAGGAAAUUGUCGCAAAAGGGCCUGGUCUAGUGUUUGUAGCUUACCCAGAAGCUAUUGCAAAGUUGCCUGUAUCUCCUCUGUGGGCUGUUUUGUUCUUCCUUAUGUUCUUCACCAUUGGUCUGGAUAGCCAGUUUGGAAUGUUUGAGACCAUCCUGAGUGGUAUCAUUGAUGAGUACCCACACUACCUACGCAACAAAAAAACGAUCAUCACUGCCAUUGCCUGCUUUGUGGAGUUCUUGCUGGGAAUGCCGUGCAUCACACAGGGAGGAAUCUAUGUGCUGCAGAUCAUGGACUGGUACUGCGCCAGCUUUUCCCUCAUGUUGAUCUCUAUGACUGAAUGCCUGGCUCUGUCAUGGUGUUAUGGUGUUGACCGCUUGUACAAGGACAUUGCUUUGAUGAUUGGAUACGAGCCCCAUUUCUGGUGGAAGUACAUGUGGAAAUAUGUCACUCCACUUAUCAUUUUGUUCAUCUGGAUAUUCAGUGUGGCUACACUUGGACCUGUGACGUACGGAGAUGAAUAUCAAUACCCAGAAUGGUCUAUUGCCGUUGGCUGGAUGAUGGGUAUCAUCUCUGUUCUGCCAAUUCCUAUUGUUGCUGUGAUUCAGAUUAUGUCAACUCCUGGAUCUCUCAUGGCUCGUUUGAGGCAUUUGACCAAGCCUGACAAGUCUUGGGGACCUUCUCAGCCUGAGGACAGGAAGCGAUACCUGGCAGAUUGUGGAAGGGCAGAAACAGAGUUGGAACAAGUGACCGUCAGUGAAAAAAUGGUCCCUCCUAGGGGGAAUGGUGUUUAUGAUGAAACCACUGUAGCAUUUUUGCCCCAGAAGUCAUAGUCUGUUACAUGCAUAAGUAAUGGAGUGAAAGGGAGUUGUGUGAUAAAAAAUUGAAAACAUGCUGCUAAGAGUGAAAAAAUUACCUGCAUGAGAUAGAAUUGGUUACAUGGGUGGCAUGAACGCAUGGCUGAAUUCUAUUUUUUUUUCUGGAAUUGCUCAAGAUUUGGGGAUGCUUAUUGACGAAAACAUAGUUAAAAGGCCAAAUAAAAGUGUACAUUCUUAUACUAUUUUUUCAAAAGUAUUAGAAUGAAGAGAAGUUGGAACAUGAAGAGGAAAGGCUUUGUAUAUGGAUAUUAAAGAGAUUAAAA